AUGGAAGGCUUGGCAUUAGCAGGAGCAUGCGGGGCGUCCGAUGCCCUACGAGCCCCUUCCUUCCCUCUUGCAAGGUACUUUGAGGAGGAGGUGGAGGAGGAGAAAGUGGUCGCACCUCCUGCUAUGCCCUAUGUCCCACCUCAGUUCCCACCUCACAUCCACCUAGAGUCGCCGCCCGUUGGUCAGGGGGGGACAGUGGUGUCGCCUUCUGUGGUGAUCGCCGACGAGCAGCGCCUUGUGACUGAGCAGCUGGAGGACGAGAGCAGUAUGGAUAGAGUGCAGCAGAGUGGGGGACAGCAGACAGUGGAGCAGCAGACAGGGCAGCAGCAGAGUGGGGAGAAGUAG